UUCAAUUUAGGAAAAUGUUGUCUAAACUAGCCUUGCUCAUCCAAGGUUUCUUGGCCACUAUUUUUUUAAUCUCUUCCUUGGGAGAAGCUAGGAACUUGGUUGAGGUUGCAUCAAAGAAAUAUAAUGAUGGUGCAAGUUCUGAUUCUUUAAUCCCAGGAAUUCCGGGUAUCCCUGGAAUCCCACUCCCUCCUAUUCCAGGCAUCCCAGGCAUCUCACCCCCAAGCCCCCCACCCCUAGUUCCAGGUAUUCCAGGUAUCCCUGGAAUCCCACUCCCACCUAUUCCAGGCAUCCCAGGCAUCUCACCCCCAAGCCCCCCACCCCUAGUUCCAGGUAUUCCUGGUAUCCCUGGAAUCCCAUUCCCACCUAUUCCAGGCAUCCCAGGCAUCUCACCCCCAAGCACCCCGCCCCUAAUUCCAGGCAUUCCAGGAAUCCCUGGCAUCCCUAGAAUCCCGCCCCUAAUUCCAGGCAUUCCGGGAUUGCCCACUCCUCCUCCAAAAAUGCUCAAUCCCCCAACUAAAUCUUCAAGAUUACCUUCUAAAUCGCCCAAAGUUGAAGUUGAUACAAAGAAAAAUAAUGGUGAUGCAAGUUUUGAUUCUUUAAUACCAGGAAUCCCAGACAUUCCCGGUAUCCCAAGCAUUCCAGGCAUCCCAGGCAUCCCCAGUCCUCCUCCCAAAAUGCUUAGUCCAUCUUCAAAAUCUCUCAGUUCAUCUUCUGAAUCAUCCUAGCUCACCUAUUAAACAUCAUGAUCACCUUCCCCUAGCUCAAUCUAUUUUUUGUAGCUAAAUUUUAUUUUUAAUAAAAAUAGUGUUGAUUGGAUCA